ACCAAAACACUACACGUUUCACCCUGGAUCUUGUGCGAUUUCACCCCUGUGUGCAAGCACGCACCGGUUUUCAUGGUUGCGCCUGUGUCGUUAUAUUUUAAGACUGCAAAAUGUCCUAAAUAUGCGCGUUUACGUGUUGUAUUUGUCCCCAAGCUAACUGAGCUAAGUGUGUUUUGUGUCAUAGGACAACAACAGUCACAGACCCUAACGCGGUCAUUGCGCCGAGUAAACCUAAAACCAAACGUAAAGGCACACUUAAUACACUUUACUGUUUAACACGAGCUGGAUCACGCUGCUCCUUUCACAUCUGGAAUGUUGCAAAGUUCUUAUAGUUUAGAGCCAAUCUAUUGCCUCCUAAUUUAGGAUGACCAGUAUUUACCCGGGACAGUCCCGGUUUAGAGCUGUGUCCCCUCUUCCAGUAGGGACAAACCCAAACCAGUGAUUUGUCCCAGUUUUAUACACGAAAUGUCCCCGGUGUCCCCAUUUUUAACCAGUUUUAUACCUGCCAACAAUAAGAGAAGCAUGCAUUGUUAUUUGCUGAGGUAAAAUACAGAAAAACUGCUUUAAAAAUUACAAAAACACAAAGAAAAUGUGACUAUACUGACCCGCAUGUUAGUCAUGAAUGGGCCAAGUGCAUAGCAAUUUUCCUUAAUUAACCUCUUGCUUCACAAUUUUAUUAUUACCAACCACCCCAAACUGGGGGUGUCCCAGUUUUUGAUUUUGAAAUUCCGGUCACCCUAUCCUAGUUCCUCUGGGAUUAGCAUUUCACUAUGUACAAUUUAAUGGCAUGCAUGUAUUUCAGAUGCUAAAUCAUUCCAAGUCCUCCACAGAUACUGUUUAUAAAUACCUAGAAUGUAGUUGGAAAUAGGUUUUACCCGCGGACCUGAGUGCAGUAUGGGGAGUCUGUGCAUGCUAGAGUAAAUACUUCCUCUGGCUCGUUUUUAAAAAAUGGACCUGAAUGAUCACUCAUUUGGUGGAAUGUAAGGCUUGAUUUGAUCAGAGGAUAUAGAUGCGUACUUGCGUCUGAUAUCGUAUAUAGACAUGGAACUAAACGUUUUGCAAUCUGGACACUGUGGCAAGCUAUAUUUAGUCAGCCACAAAUAGUCUUGUCCCUCAUGCAGUUUCAUCCUGUGUUCAGUGUUGUGACGGACAGCUGUAAAAAUGUGUUACUCCAGCUAUUCUAAAUAUUCACAAUGACUAUGCAUUUCAGAGCCUAAAGGGUCAAAGGAAUCACAAAUCACAAGUUUGUUGUUGUCGUUGGAGAAUGAUGAUGAGCUGAAUCAGAACAAGUACAAGAGCACAUAGACGAGUAUACACCCAUGGACUACUAUAGAAACAACCUAGACCACUGAGAGAUUACACAGAUAUAAGGCACGGUAAUAUAAAAGACAUAAAAGAAAAUACUACCAUUUACCAUUGAAACAUCCUGUUGUCUAAAGAUUUAUUUUUUUUAUCAUCAUGGUAUCAGAAUCAAUAUUGAGUAUCAAAUGGUGAAGUUCCUGUGCUUCCAGCCCUGUUUGACCCAGAGUAAAUCUCGGGUUCUAACCUCAGCAGGCUAAUGAGUGUGAGUGUGAUGGCUGGGUGUGUUCUGGUCUGGCCUGUAUAGUAAGUGUAGUCGUGCAGGCUAACCUCUGCUCUGCUCCUCAUCUCUGUGUGUGUGUGUGUUCACUACAGUCUCUGGUGUAAGCUCCUCUCUCACAGUACUGAAGACAGACAGAAUGAACCUCCAUCAGACCCCUGCACCCCUGCUCCCUCCGGUGCACCCUGACGUCCAGAUGAAGCCUUUGCCCUUCUACGACGUGCUGGACGUGCUCAUCAAGCCCUCCAGCCUCGCCAUAUUUGUUUUGAUACAGAUGCACUGUGCCUGUGCCUGUCCCUGAUUGACUAAUCCACCUCUCAAUCAUGCCCAUCUGAACUUGGGGAAAUGCAACAGUGACCAGACACAUAUGUCCAUAAAGUAUAGAAGAUGUGUGUGUUCUGGUUUUUUGGAGCCAGCACCGCUCAGAGGUUCCACCAGGAGAGGUACUUCAUCUUUGCCCUGACGCCUCAGCAGGUGCGGGAGGUCUGCAUCUCCAGGGACUUCCUACCUGGAGGCAGGAGGGAUUACAUGGUCCAGAUACAGCUGAGGUUUUGUUUGUCUGAGACCAGCUGCCCACAGGAGGACAACUAUCCCAACAGUCUGUGCAUCAAGGUGAACGGGAAGCUCUUCCCUUUGCCGGGCCACGCUCCUCCUCCUAAGAACGGCGUGGAACAGAAGAGACCGGGUCGGCCCCUCAACAUCACGUCUCUGGUGAGGCUCUCUUCUGCGGUGCCCAACCAGAUCUCCGUCACAUGGGCCCCCGAAAUUGGAAAGACUUAUUCCAUGUCGGUGUACUUGGUCAGACAGCUCACGUCCCCUCUCCUGCUGCAGAGGCUCAGGAUGAAGGGCAUCAGGAACCCAGACCACUCCAGAGCACUCAUAAAAGAAAAGCUGACUGCAGACCCAGACAGUGAGGUCGCUACUACCAGUCUGCGAGUGUCCCUCAUGUGUCCGCUGGGUAAGAUGCGUCUGACGGUACCGUGCCGAGCCGUGACCUGCUCUCACCUGCAGUGCUUUGACGCAGCGCUGUACCUCCAGAUGAACGAGAAGAAGCCCUCAUGGAUCUGCCCUGUAUGUGACAAGAAGGCUACCUACGAGAGCCUCAUCAUCGACGGCCUGUUCUUGGAGAUCCUGAAUGACUGCACAGACGUGGACGAGAUCAAGUUCCAGGAGGAUGGCACGUGGUGUCCCAUGAGACCCAAGAAAGAGGCCCUCAAGCUGCAGGCGCUGCCCAAAGUGGAGGCAGCAUCUGCUCCUGUGCGGCACGCGGCCCCCGCCCCCUCUGACUCCUGCUCUGUGAAGAAGGCCGAUGUCAUUGACCUGACCGUAGACAGCUCUGAUGAAGAGGAGAGUGAGCCACCAUUAAAGAAGCGCUGUGCCUUCAUCUCCAAAAGCCAGGAGCCCGAGCUGCACCCAAAAAGUGUUCUGGCCUACCAGCCGCCCUCAGUGCGCAUGCCCCAAGUGCAGGUGGCCGCACUGGACCCGUACCAGCUGAGCUCCACUCUGGCAGACUACGCAGUGCCCUUCCACCCGUCCACACUGGCCUCCAUACCCACAGACAUGCAGAGCCUGGACCUGUUCUCUCUCAUUCAGGCUGAUCCACAGCAUUACAGGCCACCUACAUUUCUGGACACUCUGCAGAGUGCUGCUGUGGCCAGCACCAGCGGGCCCCUGGCCUCCAGCAGCCGCUACGAGAGUAAUGCACGUGCGUCAGCCCCCGUGCACGAGAGCAGAGUCAUUUCGGAGGGGGGUGGCGCCUCCGGGGGCGUGGCUGCGAGCAGCAUAUCAGACAUCAUUUCAUUGGACUGACAGCUGGCCAAAUCCUAUCCGCAUGGACCUGGGCGCGGGCCAUAUAACAGCAUACAAACCAAUGGGGAUGGGACCCGGUGAAGAUACAACCACAUCCUGGAGACAUGGUGCUUUUCUAUCUGUGCAGCUCUUUGCUCAAACACACUCCUCCUACUGGUCAGACUCUUGUGCUCCGAGUGACUGACAGGUGGAUUUAACCAAUCACAGUGAAGUGUGAACUCAGAAGCAGCGGAUGGCUCGUGUGACCUCUUAAAGGCAGUAGAAACCGACUGAGAGUACAUGAGUAUAACCUUAUAUGGAACCUAACUGAAGACUUGAUAUCUGUGUACUCAUGACUUGUUACUCUACAGGAUGCAGGCCACGCCUACCUCUGGAAUUGGACUAACAGGAUCCAUUUGGACCAAACCGGACCAAACCAGUUUAACCACCUGUGUCAGUGAGGUGCACUCCCACACCAUUAGCAUUAGCAUGUGCUCAUUACAGUGCCCCUGUGGCCAUCAGCUGCACUUCGCUCUGCAGAGGGACUAUCUCCAUGGGUUCAAAUCAAUGUUCAGAUCCUCCUGUUUUUUGCUUAAGUACUUUCAUUUAGUCAUACUAUUAUUAUUAUUCCUCUCAAAUGUAAUCUGCAGUCUAUUUCUUUAUUUUCUGAUGGCAGUUUGAACUUCUUAAACCUUUCACAAUAUGGAGAAAACAAGUAAUCCACAAGUAAUUGCUGCAGUAUUGUCAAAUCCAGAUUAAUAUUUGGAUUUAAAGUGCUUUUGUUUGUUUUAGCAGUGUAAUGCCAAACCACAAAUAUUUAAUUUGUUCUAAUUAAACCUUUGAGUAGUUUUGACUGGGCUAGAAUCCCAGGGCCUUAGAGCGAGAUGUCCAGUGCAGCAGUCAUGGCCUAACAAGGAAAUCCAAUAUUAUUUUAACUCGUGGAGAUAUUUUCUUCUAUGGAUCACAUACUCCCAAAAUAUGUCUGUCUUUAACAAAUGCUGUAAACACUGCCAAAAACAUCUAUUCAGACAACUUGACUAAACAGGGUUAUCGCAACAAGUUUGUUUUGUUUUUUUGGAGUAAGUCAGGAUUACUCAAACAUGGGCAAAUGAAAUAAAACACAACUCUAGGUAUGUAUUCUGAGGAAAUAACGGCAUCCUAACAUGACUUAAAACUCCCAAGAGUCAGGUUUACUGUAUUAAUAUGACCUUCAAGUCGACCAGAUAGCCCUUUUUGGCAGUGUUCACGUUAACACUAACAGUAUUCCACACAGCCUAAACUGAAAAAUGGCACCAAUUGAAAAAGCCAUGAACUGUGUGGUGUAUGGUGUGGCUGUCACUCAUCAAAAGAAAUUAUUUUAAAACUUACUGUAAAUACCAGAGAUUUGCAAAGAAUUUCAAAUAAGUUGCGUUCAUUUUCUUGAAUUUGAUGAUGUCAUCAUUUCAGACUGAGGGUAGGGCCUAUAUAAUUCCAGUCUGACAGUUAAACACUAAAUUCCAUCCAUUUUCUUCUGUUCCGGGGCCGGGUGUGGGGGCAGCAGUCUAAGUAGGGGCUCCCAGACUUCCAUCACCCCGGACACUUCCUUCAGCUCCUCCAGGGGGACCCCAAGGCAUUCCCAAGCCAGCUGAGAGAUAUAGGCCCUCCAGUGUGUCCUGAGUCUUCUCGGGGCCUCCUUCCGGUGGGACAUUUAAGGCACACACCAAAACACCAAAUUCUAUCAUGGAAUUCAGACUUGCCAUCCAGCUCAGUUUAAACUAUAGAGAUUCUACAAUGUUUUGAUAUCACACCAAAGCAACCUAUUUGUGUGUACAUGUGCAGACCCCUUUGUUUAAAUUAUUCCUUUUCACAACCUUUUCUUAGUUUGGUUUAAGGACUUUGCUUUUGUCUCUGUCGCCAAACCCAUACUUCUGCCAUCAGUGGCUUUGAGAUCCUGAGAGUAUACUACCAGGCAGCUGCUAGGGCCCAAACAUGUUGGGAAAAUGUCCAGUGCUAUUUUCCAUACUGCAAAGGUGGUCAUAUAUUUGUAAUCAAAUGUUCUGAGGCCCAUUUAAACAUGUCCAAUAUUUAUAAUAACAAUAAUAUGGCACUAGUCUUAUGCAGCGUUUUCCAGACACUGAAAGUUGCAUAACAUUGUGUGUUAUUCAUUCACGCCACACAAAGGUGGUAAGGUACUACACAUUCUUACAAGGUAAUGUGGCUGAAGUGUCUUGCCUAAGGACAAAACAACACUUUUGUUUUUGCCGCUGGUACCACUCUGUGGCAUAGUCUCUCAUCCAGUGUUUGUAGAGACGUAAACUACACGGUUAGUGUGAUAGUUUGAGCUUUCUACCAUGUUAUUGUUGUUCCAUCAUCAAAAACAGGCCGGAAGAGAUUUUAGAUGUCGUCAUCCAUGCAUGUUUGAAUAUUUACUGAUCUCUCCCAGGCCAUAUUUGAACCCUUCUUUCAGUUAGUUGUAAAAUUCUGUGUAAGGCUGUGCCCAUAAGCCUACGCCUCAUGCUCCCACAUGACAAUUCUCCAUAAAUAUACAAAAACAUGAUACAAGACACAGCAACGUGACAAACCUGAUCAGAUGUGCAGUAGACUUCUCAGCAGGAUGCACGCAUAGUGCUCUGAAGGGGGAGUGACUUAGUGUGGGGAGCUAUGAGAGGGUGGACUCAGAGCUAGACUAGAGCAUUGUUUUUGGAGAAUAUAAUAUCCAAAAGGGUGAACCAAGGAGGUUUUUCUGUUUGAGAGUCUAACGUGUGUGAAUGAAACAAAACACAACUGCAGAUAUGUUUGAUGAAGAAACAACACUAGAACAGAUCAGACUAUUUUAUUCAGCAAACAUUAAAUAAGUUUGCUGAACAAAAUAGUGUUAAUGAAUUUACUGAGCUCAUCUGACUAAUUCAAGCUUUUUUUUUUUUUUUUUGUAAAAAAAAACUGCCAUAAACAAAUCACUAGAAUUUAAACUAAACAAAGUUUUACAUUUUGAAGUACAUUUUCAACAUCUGAAAUUCAUAUUAUAUCAUAAUAUUUCAGCUCCCCUAUGAUUUUCCCCUUUAUGUUCUGAGCCCUUUUAUGCAGCGCCAUAGUUUAAAGGCCCAGAAGAUUUAUUUAGCUGAAAUCUAACGAUCAGAUGAAUUCAGUGCCACAUUUUAUUUACGUUUGUGGAGUGAAAUCUGAGUGUAAAAAUACUCUGCUCGGUGUACAUUUGUGACUCCACAUAAGUGACUUGUUGGGCUGUGAUGUAAAAAGACUCAUUUGAAUCUGUGUUUCGUCCGUUUAAUGUGUGGGAUUUUUUUAUUAAAACAUUUUAUACUGGAAAAA